AUGGGCCGCAUUUUGGACUUUCACAAGCGUAACUGCUUUGCCAUCCUCGUGCAGAGCUUCUUCAUUCUGGCCUUCAUUGGCGGCUACAUCGCCUUCCUCACCACCUUCCUCAACCAGAACCGUGACCAGACACAAGCUGCUGAGUUUUUCCCCAAUCACGCCUACGACCCGGCCGACCUGGUGGUGCUCUCCGUCUCUGUUAUUACUAUCAGCCCGGUGGACUACAACUGCAAGGUGACGGUGGACAUCGAGUCGGUGCCAGAUAGUUGGAUAGGCUCCGACAACACGCUCAACCGCACGUUCACGAUUGGCAUUGGGCGAGAAGAGGUCGUGGUGAAGCCCAGCGGCAACUUCAAGCCCAUCACCACCACCAUUCCGCUGAUCAAGGGCGCGUUCGACAUGUACCCGUUCGACCACUACGACAGCGAAAUCGCGGUCUACGUCUACACGGGUCCCACAUACAGCAACAGCUCCACUGAACUGGCGCUCAUCGUCAACAAGGCCAUCUCCUACGGCUUCACCUUUUCUGUUGGCGAUCAGCCAACAUUCCAGGACAUUGGAGCUACUGACUUCAUGAUCAACAUCACGCGAACGGAUGUGUUCCGACUCUACCCGGUGUUCAUGAUCAUCGCCUUCUGGCUGGUGGGCGGCUUCUUCUCGCUCAUGGCCAGCCUGCUGGUCAUCUGGAACCGCGCCAAGGUCGAAGCGCCCAUGCUCGGCGCCUCCAUCUCGCUCAUCUUCGCCCUGCCCGUCUUCCGUAACACCGCGCCCCAGAGCCCUCCCAUCGGCUGCACGCUGGACGUGUGCUCGUUCUAUUGGGCCAUGCUGUUCGUCAUCAUAGGCGUCAUCGGUUUGAUCCUGCGCUACCUCAUCCAAGCGCCCGCCCCGCCAGCGGGCGGCGACAUCCAGCACCUCCUCUUCAGCAAGGCUGUCGCGGCCAACCGCAAGCUGCGUGGAAUAGAGGACCACCCCGACGAUGUGCCCAUGAAGGACAUGUAG